AUAUAAAGGCUCACCGCUGAGAGAGAUAAUCGCUGUUGAAAAAUUUUGGAGAAUUUUUCUGUUCGAACAUUCUUGCCUUUGUGCGGUACGAAUUUUGAGAACGAUGUCUACGGCGCCGGAAAAAUCUGAUUCCACUUCUGCUCCUGCUCCUGCUCCUGCUCCAGUUCCCCCGCCUGUUGCGACUGGAGCUCCAACCGACGCUGUGGACGAUAAGGAAAAAGCUGUGGUUCCAGUGCCUAUCGUUAAUAAAACCAAAGAAGAACCUGUAACAAAGAAGGCUUCCAGUGGGUCUAUUGACAGGGAUAUUGCUCUUGCGGAGGUUGAAAAAGAGAAAAGGUCUUCCUUCAUCAAGGCCUGGGAAGAUAGUGAAAAAUCAAAGGCUGAGAACAAGGCACAAAAGAAGCUCUCUUCUGUAUCUGCAUGGGAGAACAGCAAAAAAGCCAAUCUGGAAGCUAAAUUGAAAAAUAUUGAGGAACAAUUGGAGAAGAAGAAGGGUGAAUACGGAGAAAGAAUGAAAAACAAAGUAGCUUUGAUUCACAAAGAAGCAGAGGAAAAAAAGGCAAUGGUGGAAGCACAACGUUCAGAGGAACUGCUGAAGGCGGAGGAGACGGCUGCCAAAUUCCGAGCAACUGGAACCGUCCCAAAGAAAUUUUUGGGAUGUUUUUGAAAGUUUUAUAUGAUGAUCUCUUUAUUUCUUAUUAUUAUUAUUAUUAAAAUGUGUCUUUUUCCUGUCUUUGUUUGUAAAUCUUCGUGGUUGCCUGUGAAUGCUUCUUCUUCGGUAACUCUUUAUUAUUUUUCUUCUGCUUUUGU